GAUGGCUGGAAUCAUACAGGUCGAGGCAAAGGCAAGAAGUGGUGGUUGCACUUCAGCGCUGCUGGGGCAACCGCAUGCCUGCUGAUAUACAUUGCGAUCGUCCUCGCAUUGAAGGAGGACCCCUGGAAGUGCAUGCCAGUCGACGAUGCCGAAACGGGCUUCAUCUCGGAGAGCGAGGCCUUGGACGUGUGCCGCAGGUGUUUCCCGGUGCGCACGAGGGAAGCCCUGGAGAGCUGUGUUCCAGAGAAGGUUCGGGUGAGCCACGUGGACCUCGGCACCAACAGCUGCCAAGGGGGCAUACUGAAGUUGUCAGCUACGCUAUCGUCUGGUAUUCAGGUGCAGAGCAUAGUCAAACUGGUCUUUGAGCCUGACGACGAGGACGCGGCCAAGGCGCGCGCCUGGGGCGCCUACCUCGCCGAGGCGGCCUUCUACCGCGAGGACGGCCACGCCGAGCGGGUGCUGGCCGCCGGCGCCCCGUGCCCGGCGCCCCUGCUGGUGGACGCCGGGCACGAGGACGCGGCCGUUGCCUCCUCGUCUGCAUGA